AAAAGGGGGUCUGCGACAUUUUAAUUGGGUCAAAAAACUUGUAGCUAUUUUCGGUAACAUUUUCUAAUCUGGGUGGACAGCGAGAAAACCUUUUAAUGUCGCUCGCUUAUGCGAGCUUAACUAAAAGCACAAACGUUAUAGCACAAGAGUAGCAUACUUACGUCAACGGUAACACCUCGAAAGUCCUGAUUCAUGAGUGCCGUAUAUCACAUCUUAUCUAGCUAUGAUUAUGGAGCGUUUAUUACUACUUCCUUGGUUUCGCAGAGCAUUUUCUUACGUUUUUUUUUCCAAACUCACAUGAUGGUACCGUUCCUUAAAGCAUAAAUUUUCACACUAGAUGCUGCUGCUGAUCCUCCGCAAAACAGAACACAACAUUUUUCACUACUACUGGAAGGUACGUAGGUGUGCAUUUUUUCUGUAUUUAAAAUUUUCCCACCUAACUGGCUGUAACCCUAGACUCUAGACAGUUGCUAAGCCAUCGCCAUCAUGAAACUAUUUAUUCUGCUGAAUUGUGGUUUAUUUAGUGAGGCAGCGAGGGGUCCCACAAUGUUUUUCAAAUUUGAUUUCAAAAUUUUGUGAUCAAUUUAUAUGUAAGAAAUGGAAGAACAAACACAUACCGAAGGCUAUUGAUGCAGAAUUUUUCAUUUUAAUGAUACCCGUCCAAGGUCAUAAAAAAGUGUUCUAACGAGGGGUCCAACAUACCUGGAUAUUCGGUUUCGCCCAAGGGUCGCUUUCUGACCCUUGCUUCUAACGCCCUCGCUUGGAACGCGGGGUUUUAAAUGAAAUAAUUCAAACUUUGGUGCAGCCCUCUAGGUCCAAGGACGAUGAUGAUGAUGCUGUAGGGGCGGUUCUUUUAUGGUACGACCUGUUCUUACCUUUCAUUUUUAUGGUUUCUGCACCCACUGACGGGUGGGAAAACAUCUUCUCUUGCACACAUUUUUAAAACGUAUGCUGAGCUGAGCUUCAGAAGGUGUUUUCAUAUGGGGAAGGUGUAAAAUUGCAACACAGCUCGUGAGAGUUGUUCCGUUUGCAGCCAAUUUGUUUUUCUCGGAAUGAAAUCCCGAAUAGACUUGCACCGUGAAAAAACCAUGAAGUUUAUAAUCACAAUACCAUGAAUGUGAUGGUUUACACCAUGACUUUUACGAUCCACGAUACCGUGAAAACACAUUGAAGUUCAUAGUUUACGACCAUAAAUUUCAUCGUUUUGACGAAAAUAACCAUGAAAAAGGGGUAUUGUUAUGCAGCGUGACCAUGAAAAAAAUUACGAUUUCCCAUACAUUAGAAAGCUAAAAAAUAUAAAGUUCAUGGUGAUAACAGCUUCCAUUUUUUCAUGGUAAAACCAUGAAAAUCCGUAUAUUUCCAUUGUUUGCCCGGUGAAAUAAAAAUUCUUGUUCAGGGUUUGUAAAUGGUGGGAUUUUUUCGCUAGUUUUGGGUUAUGUCAUCAUCAUUAUAGAUUGCUUUUGCUUAACAAAUGGAUUGAGUUUAAUUUUUUACUAAACAAAUCUCUAUACUUACUCACUUUAUAACACGGAUUUCUCAUAAAACUGGAGAAACAUUUUUGGUGCUGUUUGCACUGCGGUCGUCCCGUUUUUCCAUAUGAUCCGUGUGAACAGCCGAGGCCUUCGGAAAAGUUUUUGGAAAUCUGAUCCAUGAAAACGUCUUAAUCUCCUGAAAAUAAAACGACAAGUCAUGUACUACUGUUGUUCAUUUUGAUUGUAGUUGAAACUUACCUUGAAUAACUUCGGAUACAUUUUCAACGAAAUAAUGAAUCACAAACCGAAAAAAAAUCAUUUAAAAUAAACCUGCACUCACGCGUAAACAAAAAAAGAAAAUUUUCACACUGACAACAAACCGUACACGCUCAUCUUGAAGUCCCAGCUAUCUAGGUAAUACAUACAGUGAAAUAUUAUUAAUUAACCAUCUAUUUCAUGGUUAUCGCCAUAUUUACGAUAAUUUCACAAUACAACACAAAUUUUACUUUUUGAAGGGAUCGAGAAUUAACAUUGUUUUUCAUUGUUAAGACGAAAACCAUUGUUAUUACAAUGUAGAACCAUGGUCUUGGUCUAUUCGGGAUUUAUUCAUAGGGCGAAUGCUCGACCAGCGGGAGGUCAGCGGAGUGCUGUUAGACAAUCCAGAUUACUAAACAUAAGUUUAUAGUUCAGAAGGAGACUGAUCAUUAGGAAGUUAGAAACAAAUUUUAAAACGAUUCAAAAAAAAUUUCAAGUUAGGGUUGAUUCUAUAACUUUUUUGAAGCCUGUUAAUAAAAUUCACAACUAAGAUACUUGAUUUGUUCCUUUGGGACAGUGCUUGGUUUCAGUGCUCGCUCUUGACAAAUUUGCAUAUUUUUAAAAAGAUUUUUGAGAAAUUAAAUAAAAAAAUCAUGAAAUGAAGGAUUGAUUAUUGAUAGCAUAUUUAAAGAAACAAAUUUAACAUUUUUCCGAAAUGCAAAAAAUUUUAAAGGUGAUUUUGACUGAUUUGAGAGGGCUAAAAAAAAGUUCGUGCAUUUCUUGGCAAAACCUGUGAAAUGUUACGAGGAAAUUGAAAAUAAAGGUUUUGAACCAAUAAUCAAUUUAUUCGGCUGCGAGCAACUUUGACUUCUAAGAGAAAGUUACAUAAGUUUUCUUUUCGAUUUUUUCCAGUUCUAGGAAAAUCCAGGAAUUUGACCAAAUUUCAAAUAAAUUUUGAACCAAAAUGAAUCUUUCAUAUUUUUGAAGCAAAUCGUUUUGCAGUCUUCUACAGUAUUGUUGAAUGAAUUAAAAUCUUUACUUUAAAAAAAAAAUCUUUAACCCUUUUUAAUGUCAGAAAUAGUCAGAUCAUUUUCAGCUGAAUUUUCUUAAAAUUACAUUUUUCUAAAGAAAAUUAUCUCUGAAACUAGGAAAUCUAGGCAUAAUCUAGAUCCUUCAUUUAAUAAUGGAUAAUAAAAAGCUUUAUAUUCAAUUUUUUAGUUUCAUAUACACAGUAAAUUUUUGUCUCGAUUUCCAGCAAAAACAAUUGCUGGAAAUAUUGCUGAAAAACCAGCAAUCGAUUUGUCAAAAUUGGAUCUUGUGUUAAUUUUCUAGCCGUAGCCAAAAGAAUUUUAUUUUUUCUAGUUCUUCAAAUUUGCCAGAAAAGUCCUACAUAGUAUUUGUCUCGAAAAACUUCCUAAAAAAGCGUCGAGGUUAGAUAUAUUUUUUCAAAUAUCCCAGUUGAAGUAGAGGAAAACUGUACAGAACGCACCAGUUAGGCAUUAAUACUAUUUACAGUGCAAAAACCAUGUGAGAACCGAAUUGAACGUUUAAGACGAUUCAGAGAUUUAUUUUAGGUCUUACUAAAAAGAAAAAUAACGAUAAAUACUCAAUUUUGAUUAUAUUUUUGUUUAAAACUAAACCAACUAAAGAACACACCUUGGGGCAGAACGCUGAAACUAGUGGACAGAACGCAUCUUACCGGAAGGGUGGUCAGAAAUAAAAUAAUGAUUAUAAGGAAUGUAAUGAUUGUUACAUCAAAUGUUUAGUCACAUCCCAAGCAACCAAAAGUCUCAUAAAACAGGUACAAAAACGCUUACUCAGCCCCAUCAUUAUUGGUAUGAAGUACGUUCUAUGCAGCUCAAAAUUUAAGUUAUUAUUAAUACUUUCAAGUUCAAGUCUUAAUGAUCUUCUUAAUGAUCUUCUAUUCAACUUCCAGCAGCCUUUUCAUUCAGCUUCCAAAAAAUCGCAAAAUGAGCAAAAAAUCUCUCUCUAUCUCAACUGAACCCUUGCCUUCUGUUCAUAUCACCUUCUGUUGAUUAUUUACUAUGUUCUGUACAUGGUGCCGCGCGCUGGAUUCCAAACUCGACAAAUUGCUCAAUUGAUUCUUUCCUACAUUUCCUACAUAUAUCACAUCAGAGUGAUCACUCAAUAAUUAUUACUGAAAAAAAACUUGCCCGGCUUGGGGAUCGAACCUCGACCUUCGUGGUGAAAAUUGAACACGCUACCACAAGACCACGCCUAGAUGUUGUUCUAACUGAAACUAAAACUCGAAGUGAUGAUUUAAUUUUGAAACCCCAUCAAUGCACUUUUUGUGACUUACCAAAUCCCGUUUUAGGCACUUUUGUGCCCUCUAUGUGACUUACCAAAUCCCAUUUCGAGCACUUUUGUGCCCUUUAUGUAAGUCCAGAAUAACGUACGUAUAUAUCACUUUUGCAACUUUCAAGUUUGUUAAUGAGUACGUAAAGUUCACUAAAGGGAAUUGGGCAGUUGUUUCUCUUUGUCAGCCAAUAUGUAACUUUCAAUGCCUUCAUUCAAGUGUGACUUUUGGUUGCCUGGGAUGUUCAUCGCAUUUUUGUAAAAUUAGCAUACUUUGGCAAAAAUUCAUUUGUUAUUGCUAAACGUAUCGAAAAUUUCGCUUUUUGAAAAAAACUAUUCGAUAUCCUUACAUGUACAUAGGUAAAACGCCUUCAAGUAGGCAACGAAAUUCAAUUGCUUGGCUGAUAUUCUGGGGGGGUCGUGGAUUUGGGAGUCAGCAAAUAACAAGAUUGACAUUAUGCUUUGAUAUUCCGUUUUCCUCAAAAGUGUAAAGCAUUCUGAAUUGAACCUGUUCUGGCGCGCAUUCUGCCCCAAUUUUGAUAAGAUUGUUUUUAGUUAAAAUUUGUGAAAACUAAAUGAAAUACUAAAGAUUCAAUACUAAGAAUUCAUCCGAAAGGUUUAUCAGUCUGCGCAUUUUGGUUUGCCAUAAAUCCUUAAAUGUUAAUCCACGAAAAAUAACAAGUUUCUCGCAGAUUUUAUUAAUCCUUCUGUUGCUAAGAAUAUAAGCCGAUUUAAUGAAAUUUUCACCUAAGAAACGACAGAGAAGCUUGUUUUCCGCAACACAAAUGAAGAAAAACAUCGUAGCCAUAAGUGGCGUAUUUAAAAAAAAAAUAAUGGCAUGAGCCAGCUUACCCCGCUGGUGCGUCUUAAACAGGUUUCCUCUAGUUUAUUAAUCUUUAUUUCCAGCCGGAAAACGACUUCCAACGGCAACUGGUGGGCCAAAACAUUAUUAAGGGCAGUAAAACAUUCAGAUUCUUCAUAUUACGUGUGUCUGCUAUAAAUAAAGUUGAUUAUAUCUAACAAAAUCAUUCAAAAGUUUUGAAUUUAGAAAAUUUGAAUGAUUACAACCAUACAUUGAACCGAACAUUUGAAGGUUUCUAGAAUAUAUUUUUUUUCAGAUUUAUGGUUUUCCAGCAAUUGAGUUUGCUGAUCGUUUCAAGCAAUUCAUAUUUCUGGAAAUUUUGCUGGAAAACCAGCGGGACAAAACAAUUAAAAGUUUCCAAAAUAUUCCAAAAUAAGUUAUGCACCAAAAAUGCUGUUCUCUUGUUGAAUUGAAACUAAUCUUUACUGUAUUUUUCAUAAAUUGCGAUUGAAAUAAUCACCUUUUUGGUUAAACUGGAUUAUAACGAUACAUUUUAAUCAUCACUGUAUGAGUGAUCUGGUAACUAUAGGUCGACGAUAUCAUUUGGUGUGAAACUUGAAACUAACUCUUUAAUUCAAAUUAUUGUUGCUGCAAUUUCUAGAGAUUUAACGUUCUGAAUUUAUAAAUCCGUAAUAUUAUAUUUUCGAAUCAAGUAAUUCGAUUUCUGUUUUUCGAAAGAUGUUUUUAAAAUGGAAAAAUGUAAAUCGGAAGCCAAAUGUACACUUAUUAUUUUGUUAAAUUUUUAUUUUUCGAGUUUAAUAACUAAUUUUUCAACGAUAACUGAUUAUGAAUAAAAAAUCUGAGUUAUUUGGAAAUUAAAAUGCUAUUUUUGGUUUUUCAAUUUAUAUUUUCGAUUUUUAUUCUGAAAUCAAAGUUUUGUUACAAUAUUUUGACUUUGAAUUUUGAAAAUACUUUAAACUACGAAAAACCUUCAUUUUUCAGUAUAAUGACGGCUCAAAUAAAAUAUAAAUGUUUUGUUUAUAAUAAUUCUUACUUUUUUUUUCUCAUUCUCAUAUUUAGUUUUGGACAUUUUGGUGAAAUAUGGAAUUCGAAGUAGAAUCAUUAGACAGGAAAGAUAGUACUGAUAAGUGGAAACGGCUAAAGCGCUUUCGAUAGAUGAAAUCGGAUAAUUGGAGAAAAUGUGAGCUGAAGCUUUUGUGUUGUGAACAUCUUUAAACUACUUGUGUGAUUAUUUAUUUUAAAUGCUUCUUCUUAUUUGAAAUUGUCUAGUCAGUUUAAUUGUCUUUUGAAAAGAAAAAUAAAGGGGGGUUUAAGAUGCUUUCUGUUAAAAUCGGGACUUGCAACCAAAAGUGUUUCGUGAAAUAAAGAUUUGAAAUUUAUUAAAAGGUUUAAAAAAAAAUAUAUGUAAAUAUUCUUUUUUUUUAGAGCAUUAGAAAUCCAUGGUCCAUGUGUUUUCGAUCUAAAAUUGCUAUCGAUAGUUAGGUCUAAACUUAACAUCAUUAUGAGUCUAUUUUCCUUUAAUUUAAGUCACUUUUCAAUGCUAAAUUUCUGACAGGAGAUACCCAGCUGUCCACUACAAAGUUCUUAUCGAUUUCUUCCACGAAAUUUUUCAAAAUUUCACGCCGCUAACGGAUCUACCAUUUUGCGCAUGAUUUAACCAGCGAAUUUUGAUUAUUUUAUCGGUGGUCAGCUUUUUCAUCCGUAAGAUACGCCAGCACUAAAUUUUACUUCGGAAGUCCGGACUUCCGACUUCCAAAAGACUUCCGACGAAGAAAAGUGAAGUACUAGAUUGUCGGAAGUCUGUGUUUUGUUGCCAGUUCACCAGCGACGUUUCUAAAAUUUUUAUUGAAAUUCACAAUAUUUGGUCUGGUUUUUGUUUGUUUGCUGAAUCAGACAGAAAAAUUUACUUGCUUUACCACUUCUCCAAUUGAAAGGUUCAGGUGGCGCUUUGUUAAACCCCUCACUUUGCAUACCUUCAUGAAAUUAAUCAUUCUUACUUUUAUUUAAAUUUUAGCUCACUGUUAGAUCCUUCUAGACUUCUAGAACGAUUUUAACAUUCAAUUGAAGUAAACUUUUGUUGCAUCAUUCAAAGAAAACAUUGAUUUCGUUUUGAAAUGUUUCAACAUCUUCGGUUGUUUUUAUUUUCAGAAAUAGUUUAAUAUCAUCGGCGUAUAUUAGGUAUUCAAUCCGUUUUAGAAUAAACGAAAUGUCAUUAACGAACAGUAUGAAAAGGAGAGAUCCUAAAUGGGACCCCUAAGGCACACCAGAGGUUACAACUACAGAUUUGGAUAAUUCGUUUUGGACACGAGGAUUUGUGUUCGAUCGGUUAAGUAUAUGAUUGUAACCAAGAGAGGAGAUUUGAAUGAAAGCCAUUUUUUUUUAAAUUGAAGAUUAAGGAGUAUGUCAAUGCGAUCAAAUGCUUUGCGAAAGUCGGUAUAAAUAGCCUCAACAUGAAUACCUUUGCUCAUUGAAUUGAUAACAUAUUUAACGAAUUCGAGAAGAUUCGAUACUGCAGAGCGUCCUUUGAAGAAACCGUGUUGUUUACUCGUUAUAAUAUUUUUUACUUGUAGAUAAUUUUUUUCAUUUCUUAUUGAUUCAAAGAGUUCGGGGAUGCAAGACAAAAUAGCUAUUCUUCGAUAAUUUCAUAUAUCUGAUUUUUUUCCGGACUUGAAAUUUUAAAUUGGAAUUUUGGAAUUGGAAAAGAUAUUUAUCCAAAAUUUGGGUACUUUUCUAUAAUUUAAAGACAUAUUAAAAUGAAUCAGAAAAGGUUCAGUCAAUUCGGUCGCCAAGUUUUUAAGAAAACAUGGGGGAAGUCCAUCAGGCCCUGCUCCUUUAGAGGCAUCAAGUUUUCUAAGUCCUUCGAAAACAUUAUUGUAAUCAAUUUCAUUGACUUGAAUGUCACACUCUAAAUCUGGAAUGACUGAAAAGUAUUCUCGAUCUCGGUCAAUCUCAGUAAAAGAAGUGUACACUUCUUGAAGAAAGUUGCAAAUGAGUUAGAAAUUUCCAGUGGAUUAUUCCCAAUGUUUCCGUCUAGUGUCAACUGAGUAGGAAAGUUUGAAUUUUUCAUCUGCCUUCUAGUAUAGCCAUAGAACGCUUUUGGGUUUUGUUUAAUAUCAUUUUCAUUUUUCUGAUUGUAUUUUUCAAAAGAAUUUUUCAUACAUGAAUUGAGCUGUUUGCAUACAUUUAUAUAAUUUUGAUGAUUUGUAACCCUUCUAUCACUUCUGUAGACUUUAUGAGCUUUCCUAUUUUGUAAGUAUUUCAAUUCGUUGUUAUACUACACGGAAAAAAAUUGCAUGGGUUUUCUAAAUACAGGAUCAUGAUAAUUUUACUAUGUCCACGAUCUAGUGUUUUCUACUACGAUUUAGUAUUUUCUACCAGAAAUCUGGUUUAAAGUACUACAACAUAGUAUUUUUACUAUACGAACUUUGACAGCUCAUAGUAAUUUUCCCGUAUCUAAAUUACCAUGCGCAUGAUACUUAGAUAUUGCUCGAUUUGUGUUCUUCCAAUUACUAUGCGCAUGGUAAUCGUCUUUUGUGAAGUCGGAAAUAAUCCAUGGUAAAUUCUUCAUUGUGCGCUUCGUUUGAAUGUGUUUUGUUUUCUUUUCGGUCGUUCGUCGCGAUUUAGGAACGCGAACAAGCUGUCCGGCGCGGGUAAAAUUGUAUGUGUUUAGUUUAACAAUCAAUUUGUGAUCAUAAAGCUGCCUUCCACCCGGCCAACUCUCGGUCCCGGCUCAAAUCGCAAAAAAAAAAUCUACUGGAAGUGCUGGAGCCGGAAGCCGAAUUUUAUUCAUUGGCACUUCGAUUUCAAGAGGCACUUGCUCAAGUCCCAGACCCCCACCCCGGAAGUUUAUCAUCGAUGGCCAAAAGGAGUUCCGAAACAUCCCAAAUCGGUAUGGAAAAAAAAUCGAGAUUCAGCGGUAUAAGCGUAAGUUGAAAUAAUUAAUAUCAAUUUGCCCACUAAUUGAUUUUUAUAAAUUUGUUUUCAGAAUAUUCCAAUUAAUCAUCAGAUGUGAUUCGGUCCGGCGUACUGUGCUUCACACGAAGAAAAGUUAUGUAAGUGAAACACUACUUAUGAAAUAAAAACGUGAUAUGGAAAAAUUGCAUUUUCAAUUAAAGGGCUCAAAAUAUCACAAUAAUUAGUAAAAUCGAUUAUGCUACGAGAUAUUCAUACCAUGCUUCAUGGUAAUUUUACUGUUUGGAUCGUGUUAAUAUGCUUGUUUCUAUCAUAACACAUACUAUUUUCAAAAUUGAACAUAUUAAUUUUACCAUGCAUGAUGUAAAAAAUACUCAUGAUUUCAUUGACAAUUUUACUAUGAACGUAGUCGAAAUUACUAUGCGCAGCCAAAAUUAACACAAAGUAAAAUUACUAUGUGCAUGGUAAUAUCAAGAACAAAACAUUAUUGACUCAAAAAUAUGGUUGCGUGUUGUUCGUUUAAACCACGGAUCUAGUAAUUUUACUAUGCUUUUUUUUGUGUGUAGACAGGUUAUUUAGAGCUGUAGGACCGUCUUUUAAAUUUUGAAGGUACAUCACUGUUUAUUAGCUUAAUCAUUAUGUUAUAAAAGGUUUCAACUGUUGUAUCAACAUUUCCUUCAUGUUUCAAUAUACUUGACCACUCUAUGUUAAUGAGUUCUAGUUUCAAAAGUCCGAAGUUCAAAUUCUUAUAGUCUGGCAUUUCCUAACCACAUCCUCACCACACCACAUUUAUCACAUGAGUUUGACCGCAUAGUUGAUUUCCAGCUGUUUUGAGUCUCUCAAUGGGAUUUGGGUGACUGUCGGUCCAGUUUUCACGCACACGUCAUUCUAUGUUUGUCGAUUGUUUAUUAUCCGGCUCGAAGGACCACAAUGCAUUGCAAUGGUAACUUGAGACCUCUGAUUUGGAAUACCUUCAACUUAGGUAGUUAAACGGGAAAAAAGUCGAAUAAAUUUGGCAAACCCUUUGACUCUUUGUCAAUGAUAUCUAGACGCAAAUGAACUACUGUUCCAUGAAAAGUACACACCUCACAUUUGUGUUGAAAAUCGUUCACGCAGAUUCCUAGACCGGUAAGUAGCGCAUCGCACUGCAUUUCAAACUUAACCGGUGAACCCUCUUAAUAAUAUUUGAUUCAUAAUAGCUACGAGACGCACUGCGAUAUGGUAAAUGUUUCCGAAACGCGUUUCUCUCUAAAAACUACCAAUUUAUUAACAGAGCAGCAAGUGAUUGCUCGCCUGCUUUGAUGUGCUCGCAUCGAGAGAUGAUAGAAAUAAAGAUGACAGAACUGUGAUUAAAAUAUUGUGAGCCGUAUGAGCUUAUGCAGGUUGUCGGCGGCAAUGGUACAAGUAUUCCGAAGGGAUUAUUGGCAUUAAUCUAAAGAGAAUCCAAAUUACAAAAGUUUAACAACUGUUGAUGUUAUUUUUUUGGUUAAAAAAAGAUCAAAAACUUGCAAAUUAUUUUUUUUUUAUCUCAAAUGUUUAAGCCGUUAAAAUAUUGUUUGAGGUAAUUCCCAAAACUCACCAACGAGUGCAGUUGACAGCUUUUAAAUUUCAUAACUUUUCAUUUUGAAGACACACUUAAAAAUCUGUAAGGUAUUACUUACUAUUUAUCACAUAAAUUCCUCACAAAGUUCUUGCAACUGAUCCAGUGAUUUUAAGAAUGCUAACUUAAAAUUAUUGUCAAACAUCCAAAGGAAGUUCUUAAUUGAUUUUUUGAUUUAUCAUAUCGAUUGCCAUGCGAGAAAAAAAAGUAUAUCAACAGUGUUAAACUUCGAAACCAUGACUGACCAACAACUGAUCGAUGGACUUUGGGAGUCCCACUUCAUCAACUUACUUGGGGUUAUUCCGAUCUCAUUGCUAUUACAUCAUAUUUUAAGCUCUACAUAAUGGGAGAUACUGUACUUUUGGAGGUUGAUUUAUUGCUUCCACUGCUUAUGUUGACGAUUUUGGUGGUUCACAAAAAAAUAGAUGUAAUAAUUAACAUUUUUAUGAAUAAAAGAUACUCGUUGAAAGUGAUAAAAAGACAUUGAAUCAUUGAGAGUUUAGACAAAUCUGCCGAACUAUUCUAGGUGUGUAGAUUAAUUUUUUUUAACCUGGUGCUUAUGUGACUUAUUGAAAAAUUCAAAACGGCAUUAUCCGCAAAACGGUGAAACCAUGGCAGAAUCGGGGCAGGAUACUGAUGUUGCGUUCGAUCGGAUUAUGGAAAUGGUCGGUGACGCCGGACCUUUCCAGAGGAGAUACAAUUUGAUCUUCAACACGAUCGGCGUCGUCUUCUAUUCCAUGAACAUGGUUAACGUGAUGUUAGUGUUGGCCGUGCCGGAGCAUCACUGUUUGGUCCCCGGGAAGGAACUGUACAGCAUCAUCGAUAGUGAACGGUGGUAUAAUCUGACCCUUCCGAAAACAAUCGACAGUCGUGGUGAGGUCGCCUACGAUUCCUGCACCAUGUACAACGUUUCGCGAUAUCCACCGAGGACCAACCCAGCUCGAAUGGUGUUCGGUAAAAAGGACAUCAUUCCCUGUCAACGAGGUUACUGGUACGAUCGGCAGUAUUACGGUGAAAUUCCGGUUACUCAAAAGAAUUGGGUUUGUGAAAAAGAGGUUUACGGAGUCAACAUUUUUUCCAUCACUCGCGUAGCCGAAGGAGUCGGUACGUUUGUUCUGGGACAGAUGGGCGAUCGGAUAGGUCGGCUUCCGAUUUAUAUUUCCAGUAUACUGUUGACUACCUUUAGUCGAGCCUUCUCAGUAUUAACCUUGGAUAUCUACUGGUUGUAUGCCGUGCUCGUAGGCCUUGGAAGUUUCGUGAUCAACACUGCCUUAUCAUCGUCACUGAUUGUGCUUUUAGAAAUCUCCCGAGGAGAGAGCCGAGGCACCAUUUCUCUGUGCCAACUGUUAGGAUACACCAUAGGCAAUUGCUUGGCACCGAUGAUCUUGUGGUGGUCCCGUGAUUGGGUUUGGUUCCUGCUGAUUACCAGUGUGCCCUGUGUCGUGUUUGUACUUAUCCCUUGGUACUGCAUCGAGUCUCCUAGAUGGUUAGCAACCCAGGGUCAGUACAAAAGAUGCCUACAUUAUUUGAAGAAAAUUGCAAAGGUGAAUAAAAAGGAUUUCCAACUGACUGAAGCUGAUCUUCGUGAUGAGCUGCCUGCACAAAAGGUUGCAAAGACUUACGGAUUUGUAUCACUGUUCAGUGGAUGGCACAUGACCAAGAUAUCCUGUCUGUUCAUCAUAAGUACUAUUUGUAAUUCAAUUCCGUACUUCUGCCUGUUUCUGAUAAGCUUACAAAUGGAUGGCAAUCCUUUUUUCAACGUGUUCUGGCAAAGCCUCAUUGAAUUCCCUGCAUAUUUUUGUGGUCAAGUGUUGUGCGACAGGAUUGGGAGACGAUUUUCAACUAGCGUGGCGUAUCUAGGUCUAGCCUUAACCUGCAUUCCCGUGGUGUUUAUUAUUCAGCUGCACAACGUUGAAUUAGCAGUGCUGGCAUUCACCGUCAUCAUUAAGUCUUUUGUCUGUAUAGCGUAUUUCGCGCUGUACCUGCUGUCACAAGAGAUGUAUCCUGUCUUUCUGCGGCAGACAGGAACUGCGUUUUUUGUCGUCAUCAGCAAAAUCUUCGGUGUCGUCAGUCCCUACGUAGUCUACUUGGGUACCAAUUAUGAUACUCGAUUACCAUUCAUUGUAAUGGGAUUAAUCGGCUUGAUUGGGUUUGUCUCUAGCAGCUGUCUACCAGAAACACUCCACCAAAAGCUACCGGAAACGAUGCAAGAGUGUCGACGGUUCGGAAAGAAUCAACGCUUUUGGUCAUUACCACGCAGACCUCGGAAAGACGGAGAGCGGCAACAGGACGCUAAAGGAAGCUACGAGACGGUGAGUCAACAGGAAACACUUGCACAAUCCGAAAAAGAGGAACGAAGUAGUGCUCAUGACUGAGGGACAAUAAAUCACAGUGUGGAAGAAUUAGUAAUUUUUUUGUUAUAUCACAUCAUAUUCUUAUAUUUAUAAAUUAGGAUAGGAUAUAAACAUAACACUUCGAUUUAGAGUGAAACAAUGUCGACUGGCGUACUUGAUUUAUGAACCAGCUGGAGAACACCCCCAAUUGGUGUACAUUAGACUGCCCAAAAUUUGUAUGGGAAAUUCAAAACUUGUAAAAUGUUAUGCACUGCACGCUAAAAUUGAUCCUAGGCCUAGUGCAAUAUCUCAUACCAAAGGCCAGAUCGGAUCACGGGAAAGGGUCGCUCAACGAGUCUGAAGUUUGUAUGGGAUUUUCGGGAAAAACUUGAAAAAAAAAGACGGGAACCAAAGCUAUUGAUGAAAAACUGUUUUUUCAUGUUUCUCCUGAAUAAAAUGUCUCGAAAUCUCAUACAAACUUCAGGCUCCUUGAGCGACCCCUUCCCGUGAUCCGAUCUAGCCCAAAUUUGGCGUUAGAUCUUGCACUAGAUCUACACACUAAGAUUGCUAAUUUUCCCCUCGGGAUAAUGACUCUCCGAACAACAGGGAAAUAGCUGAAUUUAUUCGAAGUUCGUGUGAGAACCCUUCCGAAUCUUGGGACGCUUAGUUUCUCCUGAAUUUCGGGACAUAAUUUCAACGAAUGCACAGGCACUCUAACAAUCGUCCUGUAUUGCGGUAAAAUUUCUACUGUCAAAAGUUUUCUGUGGAUCCAUCCUUUUCUAUCUUAUGCGUAAUCUACCAAAUGAUUUUCCCUUUUAAACUAAACUAAUAGUCGUUCGGUUGAAAUAGCGGUAGUUGCAGAAAGCCUGACGGGUAAGAACCAACUUAUUGAGGAAUUUGUUUUCGCAUCGUUCUAUACCGAUACCGAUGAAGCCAAUUUUGACUGCUUGAAAUGUUGAGUGCCGAUGAUACCGGUGAAGCCGCCGCUGGCUGCUGGAGAUCUUUACAAAAUUAGGCCACCAGAGGACCUGACGAUUAGAUUAAAUCCGCUGAGAUCAGCAGCAAAUUAUGGCGCUGGAGCAGGUUAGUAUGUUAAAUCAAUUUGAAGUGAUUGAAAGCUGAGAUUUGCAUGUUGUUUGUUUUCAGGUCAACCUAAUAAAAAAUAAUCAAUCUCUAGGAUUCGCAGCAAAAGAAUUUUGUGUAUACAUUAAAAAUUUAAA